UAUUUAAAUCACCUUUGAAAAUUCGUGAGAAAUUCAACAGAAUAGAACAAAAUACACAGUCCCACGUUUGGAACUGAGUAAACAUGGAAUCAUCAAUGUGAAGUAAUAUAAACCAUACAAUAAAAGCGCCUCCGAUUGCUCCAGAAAAUCAUACAUUAUUAAAACUCGCCGACGAAAUUUAACAAUUUACAAACGGUUCAAUUUUGUGAAUGUCUAGUAAGACAUAACCUGUGUGAAACUUGUCCAUAACAUUGGGAAAUAAAAAUAAUUGGAGGAAAGUGAGUUAUAAAUAAACGUGAUAAUUUUCUAUUUAACCUGCUGGGAGUUUUCCAACGUUUGGAGAACUUUCACGUUGUUCUGUUCAUCGAUGACAGGAAGCUUGUGAAGAAGAUGGGCCAGACACUGAGUGAACCAGUGACCACGAAAACCUCAGCAUGUUGCAGGGACUCGAAUUUCCUUGUUGGAAGCUCCUGCAUGCAGGGAUGGAGGAUCAAGAUGGAAGACUGUCAUGUUCACAUACUGGCACUUCCCGAUGAUCCUGAGGCCUCGUUUUUCGCAGUUUAUGAUGGUCAUGGAGGAGCAACCAUGUCUCUCCACGCUGGAAAGCAUCUUCAUGAGUACAUAACCAGGACACCGGAGUACAAGAAAGGUCAAAUCGUGGAGGCGAUGGAGCAGGGAUUUCUCGAGUUGGACAAAGCUAUGCAGGCAGACGCGGCGUUAAGGGCUGACCGGGCAGGAACCACUGUCAUCGCAGUAUUAAUAAAAGAUAACAUAUUAUAUUGUGCAAAUGCAGGUGACAGUCGGGCAGUGGCCAGUGUCCAUGGAGAAGCGGUGUCUUUGAGUCGCGAUCACAAACCCUUCCUCGAGGACGAGAGAAGGAGAAUUGAGGCUGCUGGUGGAUGGGUCGAGUUCAAUCGUGUUAAUGGACAUCUCGCGCUUUCCAGGGCUCUUGGGGAUUUUAAAUUCAAGUGGAAUAAUAAUAAAUCUGCUGAAGAACAAAUUGUAACAGCAUUUCCUGAAGUACAGAAAUUCGAAAUAACUGAUGAUUGGGAGUUCGUAAUACUUGCCUGUGAUGGGAUAUGGGAUGUGAUGAGUAGCGAGGAAGUAAUAGAUUUCCUGAGAGAAUCCAUAGCAACUGCCAGACAAAAUGAUCCAGAUCUUUUGCCAGGCAUAGAGGCUGUUUACCCUGACGAGAUAUGUGAAGAGCUAAUAAAUCAAUGUCUAGCUCCUGAUGCAUUAAUGGGCACAGGGUGUGACAACAUGACAGUCGUCUUGGUAUGCCUUCUUCAUGGAAAACCAUCAUUACAACUGGAGUUACAGUGCCAGCGUCUGCCGAGAAAGAGGGCAGAUCGUCCAAAGAAUGAAUUAAGAUAUAGGAAUCAUUCCUCUAGCGCUUCAUCAGACGCAGAAAACGAUAAUAUCGCUGAAUCGGAGGAUAACGAAGAUAACAGUGCAGAAGAACAGAGUGCUACCGGUGACAAAACAGAACAGACCAAUUCAACUGAGGAAAAAUUGGUCGAGAAAAUUAUGAGUAAUCUCUGGCCUGACCCGACCAAAAAAUAACUAUUUAUCCUAUUAAACAAAAAUGAUCGUACAUUAAAUUUUCUACGCCUCUAUGGGUUUCACUCCCGGAAUAGAAGAAUAAUCUUAACAAAUUGUAUAUAAUAAUAAUGUGUAUUCAAUUAACAAUUGAUAGAAUACAAGAUUUUCAACGAUA